AUGAGUACUCUCUCUGAAGUCUACAGACAACAUCCUGUCAAAGUCCAGGAGAUCACCCCUUUAGACUUUGAUUCGAUUGGAACUGUGCCUGAUUCUCAUGCAUGGCCUGUUUCUGAUGGCUUUGAGUCCAAUGACUGGUCAUCGAUACCCACGAUUGACCUCAAGGACUCUAAUGCAGCUAAGCUGAUAGGUCAUGCAUGCGAGACAUUUGGUGCAUUCCAAGUCGUAAACCAUGGUAUUCCAAUAAACGUAUUCGAGGAAGUUGAGGCUGAGGCUAGUCGGCUCUUCUCUCUUCCGACGACACAAAAGCUCAAGGCCUUAAGGUCUCCUGGUGGAGCCACUGGAUACGGCUUAGCUCGGAUAUCGCCAUUCUUCGAUAAGUAUAUGUGGCAUGAAGGAUUCACUAUCAUGGGUUCUCCUAUGGAUCAUGCCAGGCAACUUUGGCCCAGUGAUUAUCGGAAAUUUUGUGAUGUAAUGGAAGAUUAUCAGAAGAAAGUGGAGGAGCUAGCCGUAACCCUGAUGCGUCAAAUUCUCAAAUACCUAGCCAUAUCAGAAGAAGAAAUGAACUGGAUUGGUUCACCUGGAGUUGCCAGCACCGCUCUACAGCUCAACUCGUAUCCAGUGUGCCCGGACCCUCGUCGAGCCAUGGGUCUAGCUCCUCACACAGACACCUCCCUCCUCACCAUACUCCACCAGCGGAUCAGCGGCCUUCAAAUAUUCAAAGAAGGAGUUGGCUGGUCAUUUGUACGGCCAACCACCGGGGCACUUGUAGUGAACGUCGGUGAUCUCUUACACAUCAUCUCGAAUGCUAGGUUUUCUAGCGUUGUUCAUCGUGUGGUAAUGAAAGAGGCUAAACAAAGAUUCACUGUGGCUUUCUUCUAUUCCCCGCCGAUUGAUUUCAAUCUCUGUCCAUUGGGUUUGAGUUCUGGCCAAAUUCCUAUAUACCGUUCAGUGUCGGUGUCUGAAUACUUUGGCAAUAAGGCCAAGAAUCUUAACCAAGCACUUGCUUCGAUUAGAAUUUCGUAGGCAAACUAAA